AUGGAUGCCACCACAGAAGGCAUAUUUGGCAUCAUUGUGGCCGGGUCUGAAGCAAAUGAUGUUUCUUACGGUCUACCUGCUUGUAAUAUCUUUGAUCAAAUUCGCGCACGCUUUCCGUCGAUGAAGCUUCAAUCCUUGUCAGACAUGGCGACACUGCCUGUACAGCACUUUGUUCAUUUCAUUCGCCAGGCAAAAGAGCUUGGCCUUGCCCAGUUUGCGAGGAAGGUGGUGUCGAUGCCGUCCCAGCUCGACAAACAGGACUCAAGCGGGUAUAACGCUCUAUGCUGGGCGAUACGAGAGGGAGAUGAGACGGCAGUUGCUUCACUCCUCGAGGUAGGAGUCAAUCCAGAUGGGAUUGGCGCACGCUUCGAAAUGAGGCCUCUAGCAUUGGCUGUACAGAAAGGGCACGUGGCUAUGGUAAAACUCAUCCUCGCUUCCGGUGCAGAUCCUAACCCACUGUCCGGCGAUUAUCGAACACCCUUGUUGGCCUUUGCAGCAGAACCAGGCCACCGAGAACUCACUCGCAUCCUGAUAGCGAGGGGUUCCAAAGUAAAUACCCGCAACGGCGUUUCUGGCAGGAGCCCUUUGGCAGUAGCGGCACAAUAUGGGGACGAAGAAGUCAUACGAAUCCUGAUUUCUAGUGGUGCUACAGUCGACGCCAAAGAUAUCAGAGGCCGAACCCCAUUAAUGGAUGCGGUUAUAUCACACAAAGAAAAAGCUACUAGGGUACUACUCCAGAAUGGUGCCAAUGUUAACUGCAUCGAUAAUGAUGGCAGGACGCCAUUAUUCUUUGCAGCAGGACAAGGCCACCGAGAACUCACUCGCCUCCUGAUAGCGAGAAAUUCCGAUGUCGAUAUCUGCGACACUAUGGGCAGAAGCCCUUUGGCAGUAGCGGCACAAUAUGGGGACGAAGGAGUCAUACGAAUCCUGAUUUCUAGUGGUGCUCCAGUCAAUGCCAAAGAUCUCAGCGGCCGAACCCCAUUAAUGGAUGCGGUUAUAUCACACAAAGAAAAAGCUACUAGGGUACUACUCCAGAAUGGUGCCAAUUUUAACUGCAUCGAUAAUGAUGGCAGGACGCCAUUAUUCUUUGCAGCUAAAAUUGACGAUCCAACAUUCGCUAGACUUCUGCUUGAAUGGGGUGCCACCCAGGUUGGCAGACCGCAGAAUGGCGACACCCCGUUGAUAAUCGCAGCAAUGAAUGGUCAUGAUCAAGUGGUCGAAGCUUUGCUUGAGCAGCAGGAAUACCCUGACGUUUCGAACAAUGAAGGUGACACACCGUUGAUGAUAGCCGUCACUCAGGGCCAUAAUUCUACUGUUGAGAUUCUUCUUCGCCACGGAGCAAAUAUAUACAUGGUCAACAAAUCCGGUGAUACACCAUGGACUUUGGCACGGAAAGACAAGCAUAUGACUCAUUUUCUCCUUGAAUACCAUUCGAGCAGUCAAAACUACAAGGGUAAGAGCCGACCCUUGACGGAUCACCUUGAACCACGAUCCGAUAUCUCCCCGACAAAUCAACCAUCGGAAAUACCAAAUCUCAGCGAAUCGGAUCUCAGCGAAUCGGCGCAAGAGAAGAAGCAGAAAGAGAAGAAGAGAUUUGAGGAAAGCAUGAGAAAUAUGGAUGAGUUUAUGGCCGAGCCUGACACUGAAUCACAUCGUGAACGACAGUAG